AUGGGCAUCAACGACCUGCCCCAAGCCAUCGCCCAGCGCCGCAAAGAGCGUCUCGAGAAAGAGGCCCUCCUCGCCCCGCCACUCGAGCCUGCAAAACCACAGAAAGCCGAAGGCCCAGCUAAUGACCUUCCUACCGAGCUUCUCCUCCUCAUCUGCGACUUUAUGGCGGAGCCCGAGCUGCACGCCGCCGCGCUCGUCUGCUCGCGGUGGAACGCCCUCAUUGAGCCCGCCUGCUUCGAGAGUCACGGCGCAGUCGGCUACCUCCCGAAAAAUAUACAUGUCGGUGCCUCUGACGACUGUAUCCCGAACUCUUGUCUUCCUCUCGUGCGGCUAGCACUCAGCAGGAUGAGACCGCGACCUAUACCAGAUAUCUUCCGCGUCGACAUAGGCGUCGACCUCGCAGUGGAUGCACGAGAAGCCCAACGUACGCUCUCAAUGUUUCCAAACGUCCCCUUGGUCAACAUCAACCUCUUCAUAUAUGAGGCAUACUCGGGAGACGAAGAGGAUGCGGCCAGCGAGGCCUUCUGCGAUCUCUUACGCGGGGUACGCUCGGCGUCGUGCCAGGUACUGCAUGUAGGGGGCGUGGAAUACGACGAUAAAUUCUCUAUUCGUACCAAGGCAGUACCACGCGCGAUCUCUACACUCAAAUCACUCGCCAUCUCGACGGGUCAGAUCAUACGGGGAAGCCUGAUUCGGAAUUGGCUGCUAAGCUCGAUGAAGGCGUCCCAACUUGUGCGCCUCACGCUACUAGACACAAUGCACCAAAUCGAUUUCGCCAUCAUCCUGGGCGGCCUCAGGCUACCGAGCCUCACCACGUUCAUCAUCGACUCAAACAAGACGAAGCUGGAUACGCUACUCGCGUUCCUCGCAGCGAACCCAACCGUGGCAGACCUAUCUGUGCUGUCCAUCAUCUCCUCCAAUAUUUCCUUUAUCCUCCCCCUUCCCGGUAUCCGACGCCUCAUCACCUACCCGACAUUCGCUAACCACCUCCUUACCGUUCGCGGCAUCUUCCCUCGUCUGGAGUCCCUCUACCUCCGCGGGAACUGCGAUCUGAACACGAUGAGCCAACUCCUGCGGUCCAUCGCGCGCCUCCCGACUCUCAAGCGCCUCAAACUGUCGGAGAGCACGGCGCAGGUGGCCAUGGACCGCGGGCUGUGGGAGCUGAUACCACGCUCGGGAGCGCAGCUAAGCAUGCCUCACAUCGAGACCCUCGACCUAGUGUUGCCGCUACUAGUGCCGCAUCGAGACCUGGACUACGUGCGCUGGUGGCUCGGGCGGGCGUUCCCGGGCAUUAAGCGUCUGUGCUUGAUCAUACGCGAGGACAAGGAGAUCGAGGAAUGGGGCGUGGCGGAGAGGGAUCGAAUGCUGGAGGAUGACGAGAGUGGGCAGGAGGAUAUGCGGCGGUCGUUGGUGGGGGAUGAGGCGACGAGGAUUGAGUUCUUGACAUCGUUGUCGCAGACGUGCAAAGCUCUGGAGUUCACUCGGUUUACGGAUGAGGUGGAAGAGUAUGCGACGUUGAGGAUGGAUGACCCUGCCAAUGGCGCGCCGACGGUGAAGGUAGUCCACCUCAGGCAGGAACUACUGCAGGCUUUGCUCGACUUUCUGUACCUUGUGCGGAUAGUCAUGCAUGCGAGGGGAAUGGCUACUUAG